AUGCCGGGCCCACGCUGCGGGUCCCUGCUCGACUACAAGACUGCCAAGUUCUCGCUGACGCGGAACCGGCGGGUGGGGCUUCUGCACCGGCUGCUGCAGCUGAGCUCCCUUGGUUACCUGCUGGGGUGGGUGCUGCUGCUGCGGAAGGGGUACCAGGAGCGCGACACAGCCCCGCGUGUCGCCGUGAUCACGAAGGUGAAGGGGGCGGCGGUCGCCGAGGCCGCGGACCGGCGGCUCUGGGACGCUGCGGAUCUCACCUGGUCCCCGCAGGGAGAAAAUGUGCUUUUCCUGGUGACCCAUUUCAUUGCCACAGUCCAGCAAGUCCAAGGCACCUGUGCCGAGAGCCCCUCUGUCCUUGACGGGAUGUGCACAGAAGAUGCAGAUUGUCCCAUGGGAAACCCUGUGGUUCAUGGCAAUGGGAUAAAAACUGGGAAAUGUUUGAUGUUCAAUGCCACCCAUUCCACCUGUGAGAUCUAUGGCUGGUGUCCUGUGGAGAAUAGCACCCUGCCCAGGAAACCUCUUCUGGCUGAGGCAGAGAAUUUCACUCUUUUUAUAAAAAAUACUGUCCACUUCACCAAAUUUAACUUCUCCAAGUGCAACACUUUACAAACCAGUGACCCCAGCUAUUUCAAGAGCUGCACAUAUGAUCCAGUCUUCAACCCCUCCUGCCCUGUGUUCCGUGUCCGUGACAUGGUGGAGGCAGCUGGAGAGAACUUUGGAGACCUCGCACUGCUGGGGGGAAGCAUCAGAGUUCUUAUCGAGUGGAACUGCGACCUGGACCACUUUGCUACCCAGUGCCAACCACAGUAUUCCUUCAGCCUGCAGGACAUGAGAUACAAUUUCAGAACUGCCUCCUACUACUGGGGCUCGCAGCAGCAGCUCUACCGGAACCUGCUGAAGCUCUACGGGAUCCGCUUUGACCUCUCCGUGCACGGCCAGGCUGGGAAGUUCAGCAUUGUUCCUACUGCCGUGAGCUUUGGCACCAGUAUCGCCUUCUUUGGUGCUGCUACAAUGGUCUGUGACCUGGUUCUGCUCUACCUGGAUGCAAAGGCUGACCUUUAUUGGAAGGAGAAGUUUGAGGAGGUUCAUGUGCUAAGCAUGAUUGCAUUGUGGGAAUUCACUGCCAUGGUGAAUCAGGGAGUCACCGGGAGGCCCCAGACCAGGAGAGCUGGCAGCCCUGCCUCAGGCAAGGCCCCCUAA